AUGGCGGCCAAUAUGUACCGGGUGGGCGAUUAUGUCUAUUUUGAGAACUCCUCUAGCAACCCCUACCUCGUCCGUCGAAUUGAGGAGCUCAACAAGACGGCCAAUGGCAACGUGGAGGCAAAGGUGGUCUGCCUCUUUCGACGGAGGGACAUCUCCAGCAGCCUCAACAGCCUGGCUGACAGCAAUGCUCGAGAAUUCGAAGAAGAGUCGAAGCAGCCUUCCGUUUCGGAGCAGCAGCGGCACCAGCUGAAACACCGAGAGCUCUUUUUGUCCCGCCAGUUCGAGUCUCUGCCCGCCACCCACAUACGGGGGAAGUGCAGCGUUACCCUGCUGAAUGAAACGGAUAUCCUCAGCCAGUACUUGGAUAAAGAGGACUGUUUUUUCUACUCGCUGGUUUUCGACCCGGUUCAGAAGACCCUCUUAGCCGACCAGGGGGAGAUUCGGGUGGGCUGCAAGUACCAGGCAGAGAUCCCUGAGCGACUGGCGGAAGGGGAAUCCGACAACCGGAACCAGCAGAAGAUGGAGAUGAAAGUGUGGGAUCCGGACAACCCGCUGACCGACCGGCAGAUCGACCAGUUCCUCGUGGUGGCUCGGGCGGUGGGCACUUUUGCGCGAGCCCUCGACUGCAGCAGCUCCAUCCGUCAGCCCAGCCUUCACAUGAGCGCGGCGGCUGCUUCUCGGGAUAUCACGCUGUUUCACGCAAUGGACACCCUGCAGCGUAACGGCUACGACCUCGCCAAGGCCAUGUCGACUCUGGUGCCCCAGGGCGGGCCCGUGCUGUGCCGGGACGAGAUGGAGGAGUGGUCCGCUUCGGAAGCCAUGUUGUUUGAGGAGGCCCUGGAAAAAUACGGGAAAGACUUCAACGACAUUCGGCAGGACUUUCUGCCCUGGAAGUCCUUGGCCAGCAUCGUGCAGUUCUACUACAUGUGGAAAACCACAGACCGAUACAUCCAGCAGAAAAGGUUGAAAGCGGCCGAAGCCGACAGCAAGUUGAAACAAGUAUACAUCCCAACCUAUACAAAACCGAACCCGAACCAAAUCAUCUCCGUGGGCUCCAAGCCCGGAAUGAACGGCGCCGGCUUCCAAAAAGGGCUGACCUGUGAGAGCUGCCACACCACCCAGUCAGCCCAGUGGUACGCCUGGGGCCCUCCUAACAUGCAGUGCCGCCUCUGCGCCUCUUGCUGGAUCUACUGGAAGAAGUACGGGGGCCUGAAGACGCCGACGCAGCUCGAGGGAGCUGCCCGCAGCAUCACAGAGCCCCACUCUCGGGGCCACACGUCUCGGCCGGAAGCCCAGAGCCUCUCGCCCUACACCACCAGCGCCAACCGGGCCAAGUUGCUGGCGAAAAACCGGCAGACCUUCCUCCUGCAGACCACCAAACUGACCCGCAUCGCGCGACGUAUGUGCCGGGAUAUCUUGCAGCCACGGCGGGCCGCCCGGCGCCCUUACGCGCCCAUCAACGCCAAUGCCAUCAAGGCUGAGUGCUCCAUCCGGCUUCCCAAGGCGUCCAAGACGCCCCUGAAGAUCCAUCCUUUGGUCCGUCUUCCUCUGGCGACCAUUAUCAAGGAGCUGGCCGCCCAGGCGCCCCUGAAACCCCGCACCCCUCGCGGCACCAAGACGCCCAUUAACCGGAACCAGCUGACCCCAAACAGAGGCUUGGCUGGCAUCGUGAGCAAGCGGACUUUCGAGAACGUGGCAGGGGGCGGGCUCCCCUUCUCGGCCAACGGGCGGUCGCUAACUUCCGGCAUGAGGUCAAGCAGUCAGCCUGCCCUGAAACGUCAGAAGCUGAACCCCGCCGACGCCCCCAAUCCUGUCGUUUUUGUGGCGACCAAGGACACCAGAGCCCUCCGCAAGGCGCUGAGCCACCUGGAGAUGCGGCGAGCUGCCCGUCGGCCCAACCUUCCGGUGAAGGUGAAGUCAGCCCUGCCGCUCCGGCCCCUGGGGGCUCCCCUGUUGCCUGUCCCCCCAGUCCACCCUGCCAGCACCAGCGAGCCCAUCAUCCUGGAAGACUGA